UUAGAGGUUUCCAACGGAUCAUCAUUAAAUAUACUAUUGCUGAAAGUGCCGUAUGAAAGAGAGUUUAAACUUUUGGUUCCAUAAACGAGUGAAUAAAAUGUUGCGACUACUCAUGAUCUGGUAUCUCUUUUGUGCCGUGGUGGUAAUUAAUGUAUCGUUAUGUUCCUGCCAAGCCGUUACAGCUGUUCCACCUAUUUGCGAAAGUGCGCUUUUAGAUGAUAUGCCUCAACGCAUUCGGAAAGUAUGUACUGCUUUGGAAAAUUCAAACCAAUUUGCAGAAGCCCUUAACGCUUAUAUCCGAAAGGAAGCAGCUGCUCUUCUUUAUCAAGGUGAAGAUUUAUUAACGCCAAAUAGCAAUGGAAAACGGACAGAUGUAGACCAUGUAUUCCUUCGUUUUGGAAAGAAGCGUUAAUAGGUACCGACUACUUCCAAUCGUUUAAAAGGAACUGUGGUGAUAAUACAUUUAAUUUUUAUCUUUGUAUAUGCGUCUCUAUUUGUUCAAUAUGAUCUAAACGUUAAGCGGCCCCAAUGUGAUUUUGAAUGUAGAUAAAUGAAACAGUUGUAAAUAUUCCAUUCCCGAAAUAUGAGUAAAAAUAAAACUUAAGGAUUCAUACUA